GGCCCCGCGCGCGGCCCCCGCCGCCCCCCGUGACGUCACCGCGGCCGUGACGUCACCCGCAGCCCUUUAACGCGGGCGCCAUGACGUCACCGACGCGGGCCCUGACGUCACGCGAGCCCCCCGAGCCCGGCGGGGCCGAGGCCCGGGCGCGGUUCCGGAUCGCGCGGUUCAUCAUGGAGGCGGGUGUGAAGCUGGGGCUGGGCUCCCCCGCCCUGUUCACGGCCUGCGCCGCGUUCCACGCCUUCGCGGCCGCCGCGUCCCCGCCGUCCCCGCGGGACCGGCACCUGGCGGCCGCGGCCGCGCUCUUCGUGGCGGCCAAGGCGCAGGGCACGCCCCGGAGAGCGCGCGACGUGCUCAACGUCACCCUCAG